AUGAGGCGUAAAAUCAAAGGUGAGGCGUUGUUCUUGUGUGAUCUGUCCCUGGAAGAAGAAGAGAAUGCCGUGUCUUAUCUGUGCCGUCAUGUGCAACGUCAACAAUACGAAGACGAACUUGAGGACCUGAAAAAACAACACUCAGUGAGCCAAAGCAGCCAAUUAUUGUCGCUGAAUCCCUUUGUUGGCCAAGAUGGCUUAAUUCGUGCGUUUGGGAGAAUCCAAAAUGGUGCCUUUUUGAAUCUGGAAGCCAGGCAGCCCAUAAUUUUGCCGAAAAAUCAUCGGUUCACCAGGUUAUUGGUGGAAUUCUACCACAGAAAGUUCCUGCACAUCAACACUGCCACUGCUAUGAGCGAAAUACGUCAAAAGUACUGGGUGCCAUCACUGCGUCAACUAUUAAACAGCAUCCAGAGCCACUGUUCCGCCUGCAAACUUCGUCGAGCCAGGCCACUUCAACCCCAGAUGUCUGCCUUACCGAUGGAGAGGGUGACCUCAUACGAUCGAGCCUUCACAUACACAGGACUUGAUUAUUUUGGCCCAGUAAGUGUUGGAAUCCGCCGUCAACGUGAGAAAAGGUGGGUUGCUCUUUUUACCUGCUUUACAACCCGUGCCAUCCACCUGGAGAUUGCCACAGACCUAUCCAGCGAUGCUUGCCUGAUGUGUAUCCGCAACUUCAUUAAUAGAAGAGGUGUCCCUGUAUCCAUAAGAAGCGACAACGGGACCAAUUUUGUUGGCAUAGCAAAGGAAUUACAAGGUAUUGAUAUGUUUUUGGAUACUAAUAGUCUCUCUUCAGGUUUGACGGCACUGGGCAUCAAAUGGAUAUUCAACACUCCGUUGAAUCCAAGUGAAGGCGGCGUAUGGGAACGGCUUGUGCAGUCCGUGAAGAAGGCAUUGUACAUCAUGUUGAAGGAGCAGGCUCCAAAGCUCGAAACGCUCCAAUCGUUUCUAAUCGAAGCAGAGAACAUCAUCAAUUCGAGACCCUUGACUCAUCUACCUGUGACUCCCGAAGACCCGGAACCAUUGACCCCGAAUCAUUUUCUGCUUGGGUGCACUAAUUCAACCCAAACUCCGGCACCAUAUGAGCCCAGAUUGAUGUGUCUUCGAAAGCAGUGGCGUGUGGUGCAGAACUUAAAGAACGGCAUGUGGCAUCAAUGGCUGCAUGAAUAUCUUCCUGAGCUGACGAGAAGGACGAAAUGGUGUUUGCCAUCACAACCGUUGGACGUGGGCUGCGUUGUUUUUAUUUGUGACCUAGAUCUUCCAAGAAGCCAAUGGAAAAGAGGGCGUGUCAUCGAGCUCCAUCGCGGCAAAGAUGGUGUAGCACGUUCAGCCGAAGUGCGCACAGAUGUGGGUGUCUACCGCCGUCCUGUUUCCAAGUUGGCCAUACUAGACGUUGAAGACUCUGCUGGUGAAGGUGAAGCCUCCCCCUCUGGGUCAGUUCACGGGGGUGGGGAUGUCGUUUGA